GUAGUCAAUCCUAACCACUGCAUCGAAGAAUGGAUUGACGACAGAGCUGAUGUGAUCUUUUACGAAAGAUUCUUCAACUGGGAAAUUGCUGCCUCCAGCUUUUUGGUAAAAAAUAGUGAAUUUGGGAGAAAAUUCCUGAAAAGCUGGGCAAAUCGCGAGUUCACCCUUCAUGACAAGUGGCAUGGCUCUGACAACGGAGUUCUACAUCUGCAUGUCUUAGACACUGUCCUUCCGGAUGCAGUACAAGAGAGAGCUAAUUGCUACGCCUUAUGGAGGAAGGCAACCGACUAUGACACCUAUAUUGCUAUGGUAUCGUGUGUAAAACAAGCUAUUGGAGCGACGAGACUAUGGCCAGGAAAAAUUCGAUUGUACAGAAGAGCACAUGGAUGGGCUCGCGACUACUUCCUUUCUUUCGACAAGUACAUAGCUUUUUUUCAUGAAUCUGGACAUCCAUGCCUGAAAAAAUCGUUUGUACGGGUGUCGCAGUUGAACUUUGUCGUAGUUGAACUCAAAAGUACAGGCCAUGCUUAUGCCUGA